AUGCUGGUCUUUGUCAAUGAUGUUCAGUCCAAUAUACCAAAUGUACGAUUACUAUUCGAACUUGCCGGAGCUAUUGUUGGUAUAUCAUGGUUAACAGGCGCAUGUUUCCGAAAGGGAAUGUUUGGACUUCGGUAUACUUCACAUGAGGCUUCUGAGGAUCCUUCUUCUAAACCACUUAUUUUGUGGCUCAAUGGAGGACCUGGUUGUUCAUCACUUGGAAUGGGAGCAAUGACUGAACUUGGACCUUUUGGGGUCAAUCCUGAUGGUAAAACACUCUAUUCAAGAAAAUUUGCAUGGAAUAAAGUUGCAAAUACAUUGUUUCUGGAGUCACCUGCAGGCGUUGGGUUCUCUUACUCGAACACGACCUCAGACUAUAACCUGUCAGGAGACAGAAGAACCGCUGAGGACGCGUAUACAUUUUUGAUAAACUGGUUCAAGAGGUUCCCUCAUUACAGAACAAGGGAUUUCUAUAUAACAGGAGAGAGCUAUGCAGGUCACUAUAUUCCGGAGUUAGCAGACGUAAUUGUCAAAAGAAACAAGAAGGCACACUCAACUUCAAAAAUCCUACUUAAGGGCAUCAUGAUUGGAAAUGGGAUAAUGAAUGAUGCCACAGACGAGAAAGGCAUGAUUGAAUUUUUGUGGAGCCACGCAUUAAUUUCAGACGAAACGUAUCAAGGGCUUACAGGGCACUGCAAGCCAGGAAGCUCAAAAUGUGGAAGUUUAGAUGCAGCAGAAAUUGGAAAUAUAGACUUUUACAAUAUAUAUGCCCCCUUAUGCUCUUCAUCGUUCAGAUUGUCAAAUACGACGAGAAAACAUGUAGGAUAUGAUCCGUGUGAACCAAAGUAUGUUUACAGAUAUCUUAAUCUUCCUCAAGUGCAGAAAGCCCUUCAUGCAAACAGAACAAAUCUGUCCUACAAUUGGGAACUUUGCAGUGUAGUGAUCAAUACAUGGAAGGACAGCCCAACAACGAUGUUUCCAAUAUAUAAGAGGCUUAUGGCCUCGGGUCUUAGGAUACUUCUUUACAGUGGCGACGUGGAUGCAGUUGUUCCAGUGACUAGUACACGAUAUUCCAUUGGUGCUAUGAACCUCAAAGUGAUCAAAUCUUGGCGUCCUUGGAUGGAUGAAACUGAUGAAGUGGCUGGAUACCGAGUGGUUUACGAUGGUUUAACUUUCGCAACAGUUCGUGGCGCUGGUCAUCAGGUUCCACAAUUUCAGCCCCGGAGAGCUUUCACUUUACUGAAAAUAUUUCUUGCAGAUCAUUUUUAA